GCUCACCAACCCGCCCAACCGUCACCACCAACGAACAAUCCCCCCUCAACCAUUGGCCCCAUCUAUCUGUGUACAUCGUCCAAGAGACAAUGUUGAAUAUCCACAUCUGCACUGGCUCGGUCUUCUCAUGGUUAUGAGCUUGUCUUUUGCUUCGUCCCCAAACACUACAGGUGAGAUGAUUUUUUGAUUUUUCUGACUUCCACCCUGCCCCUGCCCAAGUUGCGAGCCUCGGGCCAUCAUGCGGGUGUAACGGUGCACCACCACCACUGCUGCUGCUGCCGCCGCCGCCGCCGUCGCCGCCACCAUCAUCACUACCACUACUAUCACUACCCGCACUACCACCACUAUCCGUACUACCACUACCAUCAAAGUCGCCAAACACUGGCCUCUCAAUCCAUGCACCCGAAGCUGACUGACGCUUCUCCAGGCGUCGCAUCCUACCGAUUGACGCGCACUCCAGCGCGCUACCCCGAAUCACCCCUCCUCCGCUUUCUUCUUCCGCCGAGCUUCCCGAUCUCCAGACAUGCCCGACAAGAACAUCACGACCAUCUCCUAUGCCGCCGGCGCAUCCCUAGCCGCCAUCGCCCUCGUCUACGUCUUCGCCCCGACCUUCACCAUCGAUGAGUCCAGCACCUCGUCCUCUAGGAGAAAGGGCGUCGUCGGCCUGCGCAAUGCCGCCAACGAUUGCUUCAUCAACUCUACCCUGCAGGCCCUCGCCGGCCUCGGCGAGCUGCGCGUCUACCUGAUCCGCGAGACACACCGCCGCAACAUUGACGACGAUGCCGUCUACGCCCAAUUGGUCCAGCCCCCCGGCAAGAAUUACCCGGAUUGGAAGAUCGAGGGCAUGCAGCGCGGCCUCGUCACCCAGGGUCUCAAGGACAUGCUUGACUCGCUCAACGAGCGGCCCAUUUACAAAAAAUCCAUCUCCGCCGUCGACUUCGUGCGCGUGCUCGAAACCGCCUUCCGCCAGCGCAUUAGUAGGCAGCAGCAGGACGCCCAAGAGUUCCUCCAGAUCGUCGCCGAGAGGCUCAAGGAGGAGUACCACGCCGGCGAAAGGGCCCGCGCCCACGCCCGAUCCGCCGCCUCGCAUGCCUCGUCGAACGGUGUCGGUACCGGUGCCGCCGCUGCCGUCAACGGCGAAGCCGUGCAGCAGAAGCUGGAGGAUCUUGACCGGUCCGACGGUGGGAAUUCGUCCUCGGCGCUACCGACGCCCACGUUGCCGCAGAUCCAGACCAACGGUGUCUACCCGCCCGCCACGGAGGACGAGGGCUUCCCCAUGGAGGGAAAAUACGAGUCACAGUCUGAGUGCCAGACGUGCGGCCACAAGACGACGCCGAGGGAGGAGUCCUUCUACAUGCUGACGCUGAACGUGCCUCAGGUCAGCUCGACGACGCUGAGCUCGUGCUUCGAUGAGAUCUUUAAGACGGAGAUGAUUGACGACUUCAAGUGCGAGAGGUGCCGCCUGAUCCACGCCGAAGAGUCUCUCAAGAAGAGCCUGGCAAGCGCCCGCAGCGAGGGCGAGAAGACGACGCUUGAGGACGCCCUGCGCAGGUUGCGCCACGCAAUUGACUUUGACCCGGAACACAUUCCCGACGAUGUACCCCUCCCGGACAUCAGCGACGCGCCCAAGCGUCGCAUCGCACGGUCGACGCGCCUCACGUCCUUCCCGCGUAUCCUGGCCGUUCACCUCUCGCGCUCCAUCUACGACCAGACGACUUCCACCAAGAACUCGGCAAAGGUUGCCUUCCCCGAACGUCUGCCCCUCGGCGGCCUCCGUGACCGCCGCAACUACAAGCUCCUCGGCCUCGUCACCCACAAAGGCAGCCACCACAGCGGCCACUACGAGUCCUUCAGGCGCCAGAACACGUACGCCCCUUACCCGAAUCAGAAUACCUUUCAGCCUUCAGGCAUCUACAGCAAGACGGCCAGCCCGGCCGCGACACCCCAGCCCUCGACGCCCCAACUCGACGCCAUCGCCCGUGGUGUCAGCCCUGCUGUCUCGACCCCGGACCUCCUGACUCCGACCUCCGAGACAAACUCGUCCGUCGCCCCGUCCGUCUCCUCUUCCGACGCGUCGCCAAGAGACCGCGCGAGGAAGCUUAUCAGCCCGACAUCGGCUCCACGCGAAAAGCAGCAGCAGCAGCAGCAUCGUGGAGACGCCGACUCGUCCAGUGUGCGUUCGGUCCGCUCCCUCACGGCCUCGGCACGGAGCACCGUCUCCAAGAUCUCGCAGCGCGUCAACGGUAACAGCAACGGCAACAGCACGCCCGGCGGCAGUCCCCCUCUCUCGACGCCCAUGGCCGUCGUGCCCCGGCCCCCUGCGCACCGGUCGUCGCGAAAGAAGCAGCCCGCCGACCGCUGGUGGCGCAUCAGUGACGAGAAGGUUCGCGAAGCCAAGACGAGCGAGGUUCUCGACCUGCGCCGCGAGGUGUACCUGCUCUUCUACGAGCUCGAGAGAGACGGCGGCGGCGGCGGCGGUGGCCCGUAGAGCGAGGCCGGCGGCGGCGCUCCGCCCUCUUCGUCGUCCGCCACCCCGCCUGCGACGUUGCCGCCCGCGUUGGAGCCGUUUCGGUGCUACACGCCGGCCGUCUCUGUGAAGAUGAACCUGUGGCGAUGACCAUGACCCCCUAGGAAGGGGAGCAAUCGCCGUCCCUCGGAAGAUAUGAAAAAGGAUCCCAUUCCACUACAACAUUCCAAGAAAAGUCGCCUUUUUUUUUUGUUUUUUUCUGAACAUAACCAUCAACUCGUCUUGCACGUAUGGCUGCGUCGAGGGAACCACAAAAAACUGCAUCGGCUGGCGUACGAAUCCUUUUGCUGGGGGUUUUUUUUCCUCCUGGUUUUUUCUUCUUGUCUUCUUGUCUUCAUUCCUCUUCUUCUUUCAUGUCUAUUUUAGCAUCCGCAUGUCGAGGGAAUCCAUUUCCCCUCGUCGGUACUUUCUUGUCCGCCAGCAUAUUUCUCUCUU